AUGACCACGUUCAGGUUUUGUCGUGACUGUAAUAAUAUGUUGUAUCCAAGGGAGGAUAAGGAGGAACAGCGUUUAUUGUUUGAGUGCAGGACUUGCACUUAUGCAGAGGAGGCGGGUACACCACUUGUUUAUCGUCAUGAGCUAAUAACUAAUAUUGGUGAAACUGCUGGUGUGGUUCAAGAUAUAGGAAGUGAUCCGACCCUUCCGCGGUCUGAUCGCGAGUGUCCUAAGUGUCAUUCACAUGAUAAUGUGUUUUUUCAAUCACAACAAAGAAGAAAAGAUACUAGUAUGGUUUUAUUCUUUGUAUGUUUGGGAUGUUCUCAUAUUUUUACGUCUGAUCAGAAAAAUAAGAGAACAACGUUCUUGUGA